GGAUGCUUCUGGUGACGUAACCGGCCGUUUGUUUACAAGAGCUAUCAGCUGAUCAUGACCAUUUAUCAGGCAACUGGUACCCUACCCUAUUACAGGUGAAGUUCUGAUACAUGUCAACAAUACCUAUUUGGCGUUCGUCUAUUAGCUAUAUCUAUAGAAGAUAACCAUGAGACAGUUUUUGUCAACUCUGUGGACAGUACUGCCUUUGAUAGUCAUUCUGGUUAUUUUGGCCAAUAGAAACAUAGGACAGAGACAUAGUGCAACAAAUCCUUCGAUACCAUUGGUGGUGAAUACUUGGAGAUUCACUAAUGCUACUGAGAAAGCUUGGAAAGUAUUAUAUGAGGACAAGGGCUCUGCCGUUGAUGCUGUUGAGAAAGGAUGCACAGUGUGCGAGCUACUGCAGUGUGAUGGUUCUGUGGGAUUUGGAGGAAGUCCUGAUGAGAAUGGAGAAACAACUCUAGAUGCCAUGAUUAUGGAUGGUCAAACACACGAUACUGGUGCUGUCGGGGACCUUCGUCGAGUCAAGUCUGCCAUUUCUGUGGCUCGUAUGGUUAUGGAACAUACUACUCAUACUCUUCUGGUUGGAGAUCAAGCCACUGAAUUUGCUCUUAUGAUGGGGUUUCAGGAAGAGAGUUUGAUAACAAAUCAUUCAAAAAAAAUGCAUGAAGACUGGAUUAAGAAUUCCUGCCAGCCAAAUUAUAGAAAAAAUGUUAUACCUGAUUCAGCAACAUCAUGUGGUCCUUACGUUCCUGCAAAUGUAUUGGCAAAAGCAAAGAAAUGGUUUGUAUCCAAAGAAGGCAAGAAUUUCAACCUGGCUAACCAUGAUACAAUAGGGAUGGUUGCAAUUGACUUUGAAGGUCACAUUGCUUGUGGAACAUCAACAAAUGGUGCAAAAUACAAGGUUCCUGGAAGAGUUGGUGACUCCCCAAUUCCUGGGAGUGGAUCGUAUGUUGAUCGACAUGUUGGAGGUGCUGCAGCUACUGGAGAUGGGGAUGUGAUGAUGCGCUUCAUGCCAGCACUGAUUACUGUUGAAGGCAUGCGAAAUGGUCUCUCUCCUACAAAAGCUGCUGAAAUGGCUAUCCUUCGUAUUGUUACAUACUAUCCAAAUUUCAUGGGGGCAGUUGUAGCUGUCAAUCUGAAUGGGGAACAUGGUGCUGCAUGUCAUGGGAUUGAUGAAUUCCCAUAUUCUAUUGCUAAUCCAAAUUUGCAGCCAGUAACAGUUAUGGUUGUGCCUUGCAUAUCAUGAUGUGAUUGAAAGCAUCAUUGUAUUAUUCUGUGAUUGGCUGCAUGUUGCAGUUACAUACUUAUAUUUUUUCCAUAAAUACAGUACACAGCAUUUAGGAAUUGCAUGACACUUAAUACAUUCCAUAUUUACUAGAUAAUGUUGGCAUUAAGAUUAUUGGAACUUUGGGAAUUUAAACCACCUAGUUGAUCUAAUCAGUGACUCACUUUUAUUUGAUUUUAGCACAUAUUACAGUAUACAUACUUACAUAGCAUCAGGAAUCGGUUUUACUUAAAUAUUAAUAAAGUAUUACACAAUUAUUACAUACUUUAGAAAUUUUUUUGUAGCAGCUCUCAAUGUGGUGAGUGAUGAUAUGAUGGAAUGACAAGAAAAUUGUAAAUGAACAAAUUUAUUAAAUAUUUUAUAUUUGU